UAUAUACAAAGGGAUUAUGUGGGAACUCGAUAUUAAAAUUUUAAUCUCCUAAGACUCCUGACUACGGUCUACGACUCUAUUAGGUUAAGAACUCUGGGGAGUUGAGAGAUUAUUUUUCAUUGUGUCUAUUAUACUCCCUUCGUUCCAUAAUGUUCCUCAAUUUUCCAUUAUAAGCGGUCUCCAAUGCACUACUUUGACCGUUAAUAAUUCUAAUUUCGUAUUAGUACAUAUUAUAAAAAAUUGAUAUUUAGAAAAUUUAUAUUGAAAAGAAUCCAAUGAUAUCCCACAAGUUAACAUUUAUAAUCUUAAUCAUACUAUUAAUUACGUUCAUAGUUUUUAAACUUUGACCAUAUGAAUAGUAAGCAUGAGGAACAUUAUGGAACAGAGGGAGUAUAUGCUAAUAUUGCUGUAGUUUGCUUUACUUUCGACAUCUAAAUAACAUAUUUUUCUGCACACUAUCCCUAAGAGGUUAAACUAUAUGAUUUUUCAGCAAUAAACUUGUAAGAAAUUUAAAUUGUAAUAUUUAAUAAUUGUGAUCGAGUGCUAAGUAGAACUCCUGAAAUGGAAGGACAAGUGGUAAACUCUAGCACCAACAAAAAAUGUCUCCUUGCAGUUAAGCAAAUUCAAUUGAGAAUAUUAUGGGCAUAGCAGUCCCCUUAUCAAGUCAUAAAUAAUGCAAGUAGUUCACCAACAGCAGAAAACCAACAACUGUGUUUAUCUCAGAGGUUGUUUCGUCGCCAUACGAAAUUAACCUUCAGAAGGGUAAAUUCUAUUGUACCAUUUCUGGGAUGCAGAAUCUAAGCUAUUUCUGUCAAGAUCAUUUCUUCCCAUCCUUUGUUUUCUUUUUCUAUAAAAAAAAAACAAGUUUGUUUAUGUUGUUCUGCAUUCUUGUUUCAGAAGAUGAUGAAUAAACAAAAGGGCAACAAUUACAAUGUGGUAUUUGUAGUAGACAUAAUACUCGUAAAACUCAUCGCUACAUCAGCUGCUCGCUAAGUGUUAGUAGAGCUUCAGAAGACAGUUAACAUGGAAUCAAACAUGGCCAGUUUUCUUUUGAACACUUCAGCUCUCGAUCUUGGGCUCAGCUUGAAUACAAUUCACACCCAAGCUUGUGAUCCCGUUGAUCAAAUGAAUGUAGGAAGGCAGGGCAUGCAAUUGCAUUCCACAAUAAUCCCAGGAGGUUACAAUAAUAACCAUAACGAGAUGGAGUGGCCAUACCUCAAAAGUCCAAAAUGCUCGAAAUCCAACCCAGAUGAUUGUGGUGAGGACUUAGAGGGAGUUGAGAGCAAAGAACGAUGGCCUUAUGUUAAGGUCAAUAUGGAUGGGGUCAUUGUUGGCAGGAAGAUUUGCCUCGUCGAUCAUCUUGGAUACCCUAGCCUUGCUCUUCAACUAGAAGAUAUGUUUGGUGGAUUUACACCAUAUGGUGUACGUUUGUUUCAACGUGGAUCGGAGUUUAUGCUGUUUUACAAGGACCGAGAGGAAAACUGGAGGUCUGCUGGUGAUGUUCCAUGGAAGGAUUUUGUAGAUUGUGCAAAGAGGUUAAGGGUUGUGCGAAAGAACAGAGUUUUGCUCUCCUAACAACUUUGCCUUUGUAGCGUACGUAACUUCCUUGAGCCUGCCUGCAGCAUCAAGACUUGGAUAUGAGUUGGAUUUAGAUUCAUUACCUUUUCGAUUGUAAUGAUCUAAAGUAAAACAACUAAUUAAUUACUUCUUCCGUUGCAUAAAGGUGUUCCAGUUUUCUUAUACCUAGUUUUAUGUAUACGAAAUUUUGACCAUUAAUAAUAUCAGUCUUUGUUAUGAUAUGUGAAUGGUAAUAAUUCAUAUUAGAAGUGAAUUUUGAUCUACUAAAAAAAAAAGUGAAAUUUGAUCUAAUUAUGUGAAUCACAUAUGUGAUAAUUUGAUUGAAGUUAACGUUGGUUCUUCGAGUUUUGAAUACUUCUAGCAAAAAAAAAACCUCUUUCUAACUUUCCAAGAAAACACUCCCAUCAAAACCCUAAUCCGCCGACAACAAAAGCAGCUCUCUGGUGGCUUGAGCUCGUUGCUCGCUCACGGUUGUCGGUGAGCCUUCUCCUUGCGUCAUCCUUUUGUGCAUGGGUGUGUAUUAGAUCGGUAGUUCUCGAUUCAGGAAGAAGGAUCCAAGUUUCACUUGAAGGGAAGCUUCUCCCUCCUCUAAGUUACCUCUUUUCUCGCUAGGCUUUGUAGUCAUCAGAUUCCAUGGUUUCUUAGGGUUCACCUUUCUAGUUAGUUCAACCAAAUAAGCAAAGUUUAGCCACACGUUCGGGGUGGAGGAUUGUUGGCUCGAAUUUUCAACCAUCGGCACCUAUAGAUGUAUCCUAAACGUCGCCGUCGAUAAUCUCGUCGGUAAAAGGUAAAAUUAAGGGUAGGGUUUAUAUUUGAAUUAGGAAUUUCUAGUUGUAAGAAUGUGAUUCGAUUUGUAGGGUAUUUUGGUUUAAUUUCGAAGUUUUCUUAGUCGAUGCCGUCUUGUAGUGUCGGAAAACGUCAAUCUUGACGAUAACGGUAAAUACUUGGAGCCGGGUUGGCCGAUUUUGUGUCCCUUAGGUUCUUACCAGUGACUUGUUUCCUAUGUUUACCUCCCUGCUUUUUUGGUUUAGUGGUAUCUUUUUUUGGUUUGUUAGGUUUUGCUAUGUUUUGGUUUGAUUUGCUGAUUUGGUACUAGGUUUAGUGGUAUCUUGUUUGGUUUGUUAGGAUUUGCUUUGUUUUAGACCUGUUCAACGGGCUGGAGGUCCAUUAAAAGCCCGGAUCCAGCCCGUUUGAUAACGGGCUCAACCCUUUAAUUUUAUAAAAGGGCUGGGCUCUUAGAGGGCUGAACUAUUAAUGGAUUAUUAAAGGGUUCAGUUGGGCCCUAAAAGGAUUUAAAUAGGGUUAUGUUUUAUAAAGGGUUUGUGUUAAAAAAAAGCAUUCCUAUCACCGUCACUUUCUCAUCUCUCUCUCUCUCCCCUCCUCAACUGCCUUCUGCCUCACUCGCCGGCUCAUCAUUUUCAUCAAAGCCGUCACCUUUUACGGUGGCGCAGGGUUACGGUGACGCAGUGUAUUAGAGAGCCUAGCAUCAACAGCAGAAAUCAAUAGAUACAUCGUAUCAUUCAGAAAACUCUAAAGCCCUUAAAUCAACAGCAGAAAUCAAUGGAUUCAUAGUAUCAAAGAAGUCGACGAACUCAACCCCUUAAAACGACGACCAUCCCCAAGCUCAACAAACGACGGAAACUCCCUAUCCAUAGUCGAUCGAAGUACCAACAGUAAUCAACCGAGGAGAUUUUUUGGGAAAUGGAUUUGAUGAGAUUUUUUUAUUUUUAUUUUUGUUUAAAUGAGAAGAGUUUAUUUGAAUCAAUUAGAUAAUUGAGCCAAAUUGGCGUUCACAAUAUUUUUGGAUCUUUUUAAAACGGGCUGGCCCGACCCGACCCGUUUAACAUCUUUGUACAGUCCGGCCCGGCCCAUUAACUUUCAGCCCGGCCCGGCCCUACCCGGCCCGUUGAACAUGUCUACUUGAUUUUGGUUUGAUGUGCUGAUUUGGGUAGUACCAGUUUGGUCCCUUUUUAGUUUGGAUGGAGUCACCUUUGAUGUGGUUGUGGUGUGCAAUUGUUGUUUUUGUUUGUAUGGAAUGUUAUUAGACAUACUAUGUAUGUGUGUCUAUAUUGGAGGAUUAAGGCAAUGACGGAGUUGGAUUUUGUUUAUAGGUUUAACAAGGCUUUGAAUGGUGAAGUCCCCUCCCCCCUCUAAAGGUUGGAUAUCGAGUAUUGAAGGAAGUGUAAUAAGAAGUGUGUAAUAAGAAGUGUUUUGGAGGAUUUACCUUAAUUGAAUGUGGUAUUGGGGUGUCUGUGCUAGGUUCUUUGAUGAGAGAGGGAGUAGUGUGUUUUAGGAAGGGCUUGUGUUAUCCAGUUUUGGUUGUUAUUUGGUGUAGGAUUAAGGAUUAACUUUGGUUAAUUCACAAUUUAGGUUAGUGUUGAGAUUUAUUCUCAACAAUUUCAUAAUCUUAUAUUGAAUGAUGCUCCUCAUUUUUGGGAGUUUCAUAGCAAGCUAAUUGAGUCAGAUUUACGGACUCAAGAGAGUUGUGUGGAAUUCACAAUGUCUCUUCAUCUAUCUCGUGGAAUCUGUACUCUUCUGCUUCUUUUCUUGUCUCCCAAAUAUCACAGGUUAAUCAUGGAUUUUCUUAGUAUUUACCGGAUUCCGUCUCCUAUGAAGAAAUCAAGCCACCAGUGACUUUUGCACGAUAAAUCCUAGUUGGUGGUGCAAACAAGACCCUGCCAACAAGGGGCAUCGCAAGGGGAUCGUACUACCUUUCAAUUUUUCUGUAUUAUGUUUUUUGUUUACUUAGUAGUUUGUGUAAUGGGCCAUAAAGGCCUUAGUUUAUUUAGUUUAUUUAGUUUGUAUCAUGUAAACAAUUUCAAUUUAUGUAAAUUUUCCUAUGUAAAAAAAAGAGAGGAAAAAUUAACUCCAAUAA